UGGUACAGGGCUUGGUACGCGUCGCGCCUCCUCCUCCUUCUACAUUUAACUAAUUUCGUUUUAUAGUACGUUAAACCGUUUUCGAGAUAUAAGCAAAAUUAAUUUUUGCACACUGUUUUCGCAUAGAACCCGUUGACCUAGGAAGCUGCAAAUUUCAGAAUCGUCUUUUUCAACCUCGAUUUACCUAAUAACCAAAAUGCAGCCAUUUCUAUCGCAUUUCGAUUUCAAAGCUAAUUUUACUGGACUACAACUUCGACAUCUAUAGCGCGAAAUCGAGGUAGACGUUCAUUUAUUGGCGUCUGAUUUUUUUCGAGUACGACACAGGAAAUAACCAAUCCAUCAAAAUUUUUCGUGCAAAAUUCAACAUGUUUAGGCUAUCACACACAUACUUCUGGAAGAAAUUCUUCUGAAAUUCAAUUUUAAAAUGUUUCGGCAUAACGCUAGACAAAAAUGGCAACAGACCCUUUGAGCAAAGGAAAGCAAAGUAAUCAAAAUUCUGGUAAAAAAGACGAAGAUGGAGAGAGCGAGAGUAGACUCACUGUUCUGGAGAAUCAUGGAUACACGCUUGGCAAAACCAUCGGCGUCGGAACUUUUGCCACUGUCAAAAUCGCCAAGUCUGAGAGACACGGCUAUCAAGUAGCUGUGAAAAUCGUGUCAAAAUUUCAAGCACCGAGUGCUAAUCUGAAUAAGUUUCUGCCGAGCGAAAUUGAGGUCGUGAAAGGACUGCGACAUCCCCAUCUAAUUCGGUUUUUACAGGCGAUAGAAACCUCUCACAGAAUUUACAUUAUCAUGGAAUUCGCAGAAAAUGGUAGCUUAUUCGACAUACUUCGACGCGACAAAUUUAUCGACGAAAUUCGCAGUCGCCGUUGGUAUCGACAGUUGCUCGACGCUCUUAAUUACUGUCACGAAAGAGGAGUCGUGCACAGAGACGUAAAGUGCGAGAACUUGCUGAUGGAUAGGCACUACAAUCUCAAACUGUCGGAUUUCGGAUUCGCCCGAGGGCACAUGAAGUCGGCGAAUGGAGUAGCGCCGCUUUGCGAAACAAUGUGCGGCAGCUUCGCAUACUCUUCACCGGAGAUUCUUCGCGGCAUACCGUACCAGCCUCAGCUCUCGGACAUCUGGUCUUCUGGUGUCGUGCUUUAUACGAUGGUCUUCGGUAGGAUGCCCUUCGACGAGGACAACUGGUCGCGACUCCUCAAGCAAGUACAGAGCAAAAUCGUCUUUCCGGAAUCGCCAAAGGUGUCGCAGGAAUGUCGCAAUCUCAUUCUGCGGAUUCUCGUACCCCAGAGGUCGCGUCCAAGGAUUUGCGAAAUUCAGAACGACGUUUGGCUCGCCAUCCCGACCGCCACAGCUCAGACUUCUACCGAUGAUGUCUUUCUUGGAGAAUCAUCGAACAGCGCAAAAUCGCAGCAAAAAUCAGUAUCGAAAAAAUCAUCACAAAAAUCAAGAAAAAGCAACAGCAGUGACGAAAAUGAACAAAAAAAUAGCAAAUAAAAAUAACAGUGAAUUUGAAAAUUUUGAUCACAAAGCAGCGUGAUUAACAAAAAAAAAAAUAGCAAACUUUAUAUGAAAUUAAAUUUUGUAACUAAUAAAUAAGCACUUAUUUUUUGAAAAAAAG